UGUAAAUGUGGCGGUUGAUAAGUAAACAAAGAUUUUGCUUAGAAUUCGUUUGCAGAUAAAAAGCUUUAGCCAACAAUUUGCCGGUGAUGAAAAGUGCGUUAAUUAAAUAGAACGAAAUAUAGAGUAGCUUAGAAAUGGCGUCGGUUAAAGUGAAUAGUAACGGCAGUAAAACAUCAACCGACUCCGAUAAUCCACCUGAAUUGCGAAUUCUUUGCUUCAAUCUUACCUACUACAACCGCACCACACAAUUCCUUUUGAGCUGUGCAGGUGUUUUUGUGCUAUACCUUAUUUAUGGGUAUCUGCAGGAACUAAUUUUUACGGUUGAAGGUUUUAAGCCGUACGGAUGGUUUCUCACACUUGUACAAUUCGGUUAUUACAUUUGUUUCGGUGUAAUUGAACGUGAUCUAGAGACUAGACGUAGAGCUCUAUUACUGCCAGGUGGUAGUGUUGAGACAUCUGAGCGUCGUAUACCAAUGCGUACUUAUUUUCUACUUGCCGCACUAACACUCGGCACUAUGGGACUGUCGAAUUCUAGUCUGGGCUAUCUUAACUAUCCCACGCAGGUGAUAUUCAAAUGUUGCAAAUUGAUACCAGUGUUGGUGGGCAGCAUUUUGAUACAAGGAAAGCGUUAUGGGCCACUUGAUUUUGCUGCCGCUUUUGCCAUGUGCAUUGGACUGGCCUGGUUCACGCUAGCCGAUUCGCAGGUCUCACCGAAUUUCGAUCUCACCGGUGUCGCCAUGAUAUCAGCGGCACUGCUUUGUGAUGCAGCUAUCGGAAAUGUGCAGGAAAAAGCAAUGCGAGAACAUAAAGCAUCCAGCAGUGAAGUUGUGCUUUAUUCUUAUGGGUUGGGCUUUAUUUACCUUCUGGUUAUACUGAUGGUGACUGGUAAUUUUUUCAGCGGUUUUGCCUUUUGUCUUGAGCACAUAGUGGAAACUUUCGGCUAUGGUUUCUUCUUCAGUUUAUCAGGUUAUCUGGGCAUCCAGUUUGUGUUGGCUUUGGUGCGAAGCAGUGGCGCGCCAGUAGCUGCCACCGUGACGACAGCAAGAAAAGCAGUAACGAUCGCAUUAUCGUUUGUUUUCUUCAGCAAGCCAUUUACCUGGCAAUAUCUUUGGUCAGGUUUAGUUGUAGUAUUGGGCAUAUAUUUAAAUGUGUACAGCAAAAAACACAAAAUGACUAUGCGAGAUUUUCAACAAAAGUUCAAGUACGCGCUUAACGCCUUCAGAGUUUGGGAGCGUUCUUCAAGCCGCAAGUUCUUAGUAGAAGUUUAAACGUGUAAAAAUUUAUGAAUAUCUUUUACAUUAAUUAGUAAAUUUGUAAAUGUUUGUUACUAUAACGAUACCAAAAUUAGUGUAGUAAUUGCGAGUAGUUCGAUUUGACAACAAACACUUCUUAGCUGUAGUUUUGACUUUAGCCUGUAGUGAGUAAUGUUAAUAGUAAUUAAUAUAUUUUGUGAGGUAAAAAAUGAAUCAAAUUUAGCAGAUACAUAUGUAUUACCAACAAGAAAGCACUUUAUUUAUUUCGGUGCUUCAUUAAAUUGAUAUACCACCUAA